AUGAUCCCUCUAGAGGGAUACUCGGCCCAGAGCACCUUCUACUCCCUGAAGUACCUAUCCCCAGUCAACUCAAAGACUUCAUCGUCGACGCUACGCUCCCUCUUACCCCCACAGAGCUCCGCCUACUCCGCGACGGGCAGUACUCCCUUCCCGCCGCCAAACUCAUCAAUCGCAUUCUCGUCCGCCAGCAAGCCAUUGAGAGAGCAAGAGCCUCCUGCGAAGAAGAAGAUCAGAUUAUCCUCCAGUCCCUCGCACACGACGACUCAACGCACGCGCUUUAGUGCCCCCCUCCCAUCCUCCCUCCCAACCAGUCCAAACCCCCCCCUACCCCAGAAGUAUAAACAGGGACUCGCCCCUUUACCCUCCCCCUUAAGACCCCACUGCUUAGCUCGCGAAAGACUGCACAAAUGGACCCCAGCAGGAGCCAACACGCGCCUUCCAACCAACAGCCACACAGAAGCCCACAUAUCAGAAGAACAACUAGACCGCAUCCUACAAGUCAUGGGGUCUUCGUGGGCACAAUCCACGAAGGAGACCUAUGGGGCGGGACUACUAGUAUUCCACGUCUAUUGUGAUUCGCAGAAGAUACCGGAAACUCAGCGCUGCCCAGUUUCCCCCACCAUCCUUCUAUCCUUCCUAGCAAGCUGUGCAGGCUCCUACUCAGGCACUGCGCUCGCUAACUAUACCGCAGGCUUGAAAGCCUGGCACCUGCUCCACGGGCGCCCCUGGAUCGUCAACGCGAAGGAACUCAAAGCAGUCCUAGACGGCGCCACAGCGCUAGCACCAGAAUCAUCCAAAUGUUCAAAGCGAGAACCGUUUACCGUAAAUAUCCUUUCCACCAUACGCACCUUCCUUAAUUUAGACGACCAUCGAGACGCCGCUAUCUUCGCCUGCAUCACCACAACCUUCUACGCCAUCGCGAGGUUGGGAGAAUUCACCGUCCCUACGAUAAAGUCGUUCGACCCGGUGAAACACAUAUCACGCUGCCACGUUUCCACCACAGUAGACCGCAAUGGUCUCCCAGUCACCAAGUUCCACUUACCAACCACGAAAGCAUCUCCAAUCACCGGAGAAGAUGCUUUCUGGUCAGCACAAGAAGGACCAUCGGAUCCGCAGACAGCGUUAGAGAACCAUCUCCGCAUCAACCCCGCUAGCGAGCUAACGCACUUAUUCGCCUGGAAACAUCCCAAAGGAAUGAGACCUCUCUCCAAAAGAGAGGUGACGAAGAGACUCGCGUCUGUCGCCCAAACAGCCAGCCUCCCCGAUCUCAAAGGGCACGGCUUGAGAAUUGGGGGCACGCUAGAAUACCUGCUGAGGGGGGUCCCAUUUGACGUCGUCAAGUCCAUGGGGAGAUGGUCCAGUGACGCCUUCACUAUCUACCUCAGAGAUCACGCAGUCGUCAUCGCGCCUUAUAUCCAAGCUCUAACUCCAGCGCUCGAGCCGUUAUCUCGCCCGUCAAUGCCUCCAGUACGACGGUAA